AUGGCAACCCUGGAACUAUACAGCAAGGGGGCAAGUGUGUGGAUCCCAGACCCAGAUGCUGUCUGGGUUUCAGCCCAGCUCCUCAAUGACUACAAGCCUGGAGAGAAACAACUGUCGCUUCAGCUCCCAAAUGGAAAUGAGGUCCAGUACCCGGUGAGCUCCCCCUCUGAUCUCCCCCCUUUGGGAAACCCUGACAUCUUGGAGGGCGAGAAUGAUCUCACAGCGCUCAGCUUUCUCCAUGAGCCUGCUGUGCUUCAUAACCUCCGGGUUCGAUUUCUGGACUACAACAGCAUUUACACCUACUGUGGUAUUGUCUUGGUUGCGAUCAAUCCUUAUGACCAUCUGCCCAUAUAUGGAGAGGAAGUGAUUGAUGCUUACAGCGGUCAGGACAUGACCGACAUGGAGCCUCACAUCUUCUCUGUGGCUGAGGACGCCUACCGCACGAUGACCAGAGAGGAGAAGAACCAGUCGAUCAUCAUCAGUGGGGAGUCAGGCUCGGGUAAAACUGUCUCGGCUAAGUUCACCAUGCGAUACUUCGCUGUGGUCGGAGGAGCGUCGCAGCAGACCAGCGUGGAGGAGAGAGUUCUGGCCUCUAACCCAAUCAUGGAGUCCAUUGGUAAUGCCAAAACCACCAGAAAUGACAACAGCAGUCGUUUUGGGAAGUACAUUGAGAUUGGAUUCGGCAAGAAUGGAGACAUUAUUGGAGCAAACAUGAGGACGUAUCUCUUGGAAAAGUCAAGGGUCGUCUUCCAGGCAUCAGCGGAAAGAAACUACCAUAUCUUCUACCAGCUGUGUGCAUCCAGAGAUCUGCCUGAAAUGAGGUCCCUGAAAUUGGACGGACCUGAGAGUUUUCGCUACACCAAUCAAGGAGGAGACAUGCAGAUACCUGGGACUGAUGAUGUGGCCGACCUGGAGCGCACACGCAAUGCGUUCACCAUUCUGGGUGUGAAGGCUGACCAACAGCUGGAGCUCUUCAGGAUCAUUUCAGCUAUUCUGCACCUGGGUAACGUCAACAUACAAGCCAGUGGGAGAAGUUCUGACAAGAGUUACAUUGAUGCUGAGGACAUCUCACUGACCAACUUCUCCAAGCUUCUAGGGGUUGAGGGAUCUCAGAUGGCUCACUGGCUAUGCCACCGCAGGUUGACUGUAGGAGGUGAAAUGCUGGUUAAACCCAUGACCGGUCAGCAAGCGGUGGAAGCCAGAGAUGCGCUUGCGAAGCACAUCUACGGUCAACUAUUCACAUGGACCGUGGAGAGGCUAAACUCAGCCCUGCGCUCCCAGAGAGGACAAGCCAAGUCUUUCAUAGGGGUGUUAGACAUCUAUGGAUUUGAAACCUUUGAGCGGAACAGUUUUGAGCAGUUCUGUAUAAACUACGCCAAUGAAAAGCUGCAGCAGCAAUUCAACAGGCACGUGUUCCACUUGGAGCAAGAGGAGUACAUCAGAGAAGAGCUGGCCUGGAGCAGGAUCGAGUUCAGUGACAAUCAGCAGUGCAUCAACCUCAUUGAGGGACAACUGGGCAUGUUUGAUCUGCUGGAUGAGGAGUGCAGGAUGCCUAAAGGUUCAGAUGAGAACUGGGUGCGCAAGCUUUAUGACCAGCACCUGACCAGCGUGCCUCAUCCUCACUUCCGAAAACCACGCAUGUCCACCAGUGCCUUCAUUGUUCUGCAUUUUGCUGACACGGUACAAUAUGAAAGUGAGGGCUUUUUAGACAAGAAUCGGGACACGGUGUUUGAGGAGCUCAUCAACAUUCUCAAAGCAAGCCAGUCUGAGCUGGUGGCCGAGCUGUUUCAGCAGCUGGGAAAUACACCUUCUGUGGCCAAUGGAAGUGUUCGCUCUGGAAAAAGAACCACCAGGGAGCAUAAGCUGACUGUGGGCUGCCAGUUCCGUCAGUCGUUACAGAUGUUAAUGGACACUCUCAACAGCACCACCCCUCACUAUGUCCGCUGUAUUAAACCCAACGACCUUAAAGAGCCUUUCAUGUUUGACCCCAAGAGGACAGUCCAGCAGCUCAGGGCCUGUGGGGUGCUGGAGACCAUUCGUAUCAGCGCAGCAGGUUACCCGUCCAGGUGGACGUAUGAGGAGUUUUUCUCCAGGUAUCAUGUUCUCCUUCAUGGUACUCAGAGGGUCGACCAGGCCCCAGCCUUGUGCAGGAAGGCUCUGCCUCAUCUCAUCACAGACCCAGACCAAUACUGCUUUGGAAAGACCAAAGUGUUUUUCCGGGCCGGUCAGGUGGCUCUGCUGGAGAAACUGAGAGCGGAAAGGCUGCAUGUUGCUGCUGUCAUUGUGCAGAGCAGAAUUAGAGGAUGGCUGGCUCGGAUCAGAUACACCAAGGUCCUCUGGGCGACGGUGACCUUGCAGAGAUACAGCAGAGGAACCCUGGCCAGACGACUGGCUCUGACUUUACGCUACACCAAAGCUGCUCUGGUGAUCCAAAAGACCUUCCGUAUGGCGAUAGUCCGACAGCUGUUCCUCAUGAUCCGACAGGCCACCAUCAUCAUUCAAGCUUUCACACGGGGCACGAUAGUUCGCCGCAGAUACAGAGAAUUACUGUCAGAAAAGGCUGCCGUGCUGCUGCAGGCCAGAGUGCGUGGGUGGCUGGCGAGGCAAGCGUACAGGCGGCUCCGUGCAGCGGUGGUGUUCAUGCAGUGCUGCGUGCGCCGCAAGGCUGCCAGGAGAGAACUGCUUCAACUGAAGACCGAGGCCCGCUCAGUGGAGAGGUACAGAGAGCUCAACAAGGGCAUGGAGGUCAAACUGAUGCAACUGCAGCUGAGAGCGGACCAGGAGGCCAGGGAGAGUGCUGCUUUGAAAGAGACUCUAAAUGCAGAACGUGAGAUGAAAAGUGCUGAAGUGGAGGCUCUGAGGGUGACCAUACAGAAACUGGAACGUCAGAAACAGGAGAAGCCUCAGCCUCACCCAGCGAUCAGUGAGAAGGAGGUGGAGGAACGAAGGAGAGCAGAGGAGAAAGCUGCUCAGGAGAUACUUCAGCUGACUCAAGAGCUGCAAGUAUUGCAGAAAGAAAAGGACAGCCUUUAUAAAGAGAAAGAAGAUCUCUCUGCUCUUCUCCUGGAAAAAGAAAAAAUGCUAGAAGAGUCUGUGAAUCAAGCUGUGUCCAGGGAAAUUGCAGAUCUUCAGGCAGAGCUGGAUGAGGAGAGGAGAAAGUAUCAGGGCCUCCUGAGAGAGUUCACCAGACUGGAGCAGAGAUACGACAACCUCCGAGAGAUGAGCCUGCUCACCGAGCGGAACAAAGGCCACAAGAGGACUGACUCUUCUCAGAGUCUGAGCUUCGAGCCUAUCUCUCCUUCCCCAACUCCUCUGUCACCCCAGUCUCCUACUCCACAGUCCCUGUCACCGUUUCCAUCGUCUUUCCCUUCCCCAGAGCUAGUCCGCAGGGUCAGUGUGACGUCCCCCCCACUGGAGAGAGGGUUCUCAUCAUGGUCCUUAGAAUCAUCAUCAAUGGAACAUUUGAUGGAGAAGAUGGAUGUUGUCAAAGACCCGGCCGUGAAGCUGAAAGGAGAAGACCUGGCUCAUGCCUACGAUGCUGUACGAGUAGCCAACAAGUUUCUGGAGAAUCAGCUGCGCAGCCAGCGUAGUCAGUGGGAGGAGGAAAUGGAAGCUUUGAGGUGCCAGCUUAGUCAGGCCAUCUCAGGUUCUUCCCCAGCUGCUCAGGGACAGGUAUGGGAGCUGCUGGAGGCUCGUGAGCACGAGUGCGUGAAGCUGAGGAGAGAGCUGAAGGAGCUGAGAAGCACCGUCUCCCUCAAACGGCUGCUCACACAAGUUUUCCCAUCGACUUUGACCAGAGAGGACUCCUUUACGUCUCUGCCGAAGCCAACAGCGGUCCCUGGCUUGAUGGAAUGUAAAAAGAGAGAUGAGCCCAAACUCCUCAAAAACCUCAUCACAGACAUCCGUGCUGACAGCGCCCUGUCACUGCCUCCUGGUCUUCCCACCAACGUGCUCUUUCUGUGUAUUCGCCACAUUGACUGCAGUGGAGACCAAGCUCGUGCGCGCUCGUUCUGCAGCGCCACUGUCACGACGAUGAAGACAGCUCUGAAGAAACAUGUUCAUGAUGUAAACAUGACAGCUCUGUGGCUGAAAAACAUCCGUCUGCUGCACGAUCUGUUGCUCCAUCACUCCCCAAAACAGAGCUUUGACUCAGAUGAUCUGGUUCCUCUUAUGGCUGACCUGAGCGACUUGAUCCGCAACUUGAGCGACCUCUCUAUCCAGGCCUAUCAGCAGCUGCUCAGGAUCACUGGAACUCAGCUUCACACCAUCAUAAUCCCUGCUUUGAUGGAAAGUGAGACGAUACCGAGUCUUCCCGGAUCUGGGGCGAAGCUGGGGAUGUCCAGGAAGCGAGCGGGAUCAGAACCCAGGCCCACAGCAGCAGAUACUCCUACCAUGAUGGCUGUACUGAGAGAGCUUGGAGCUCUACACAUGGCCAUGACCCACCAAGCCUUUCACGCCACCCUGUUGGAACAGGCCUUCCGCCAGCUCACCCACUAUAUCUGCGCCGCUUCCCUCAACAGCAUGCUGUUGAGGAAAGAUAUGUGCUGCCUGAGUCGUGGUUUGCAAAUACGUUACAAUGUAACCCUGCUGGAGGACUGGCUGCGGGGCCGAGGCCUACAGGCAGGGGGCGCUGUUGCAGCACUGGAGCCCCUCAUCCAGGCUGCUCAGCUUCUGCAGAUGGGGAAGAAGACAGCGGACAAUGCUCAGGCCAUUGUUCAGACCUGCGCUGCCCUCUCCAGCCAGCAGAUUGUGAAGAUUUUGACCCUCUACACUCCUCACUGUGAUCUUGAUGAAAAAGUCACCAUAAAUUUCAUUCGCACUAUCCAGGGACUUCUCAAAGGUCAGUCCGACAGUCAGCCUCGGCAGCUUCUCAUGGACGUGAGGAGAGAGUUUCCGGUCAUCUUCCCCCAUGUGCCUCCGCCCGUCCUCAGUGCCGAGCAGUUAGUCAUCCCUGAGUCUCUCAAGAUUUCCUUUCUACGCAGAGUUUAAAGACGG